GUGUGAGAGUGAAAAUCCCUCAUUGGUUAAGAGAUUAGAACAGAGGGUGUGCCAGCAGAACAAGAUCAACAUCACACAGACACACACACAGACACACACAAACAUACGCACAUACACACCGACAGCAGCUCCUGUCAAACACAGGUUUGAGUUCCAGCAAGAUGAUGUCCGAUGGCGGCAAAAGGAGAACUAAGUUAAAAGAUAACAGCUGGAUCAGACGAGAUGCAGAAGAGGAUGACCCAGUCGAUUACGAUCCAAACUUUGGUAAAUCUGUCCUGGGACGGCUAAAAUCUGGGGACGAUGUCGACAGUCCCCCGGUGAAUUCCGGGACCUCCGUCAGUUCAGUUAUCAAAAGAUUUGGUAACGGUCAGGAAGUGAGCAAUAAAAGCAGCAUCACCACAACUUACACUAAAACCUCUGUGACAACACCCACGUCACCCACCAAACCCCCUGUUCCUGUCAAGAAUUCGGCGUUCAAGACCUCGCCUAACACGUCAAGUUUUACAGCUCGUGUUUUUUCAGGAGCAAACACAAACAAUAACACGGUAAGUCCUGUCAAAAGAUCAUUUGGUGAGAAGAUUCCAGAGGUCACAGUGUCUCAAACUAUCAGCAGAACAGAAAAAACCUCCAGUGUUGAACCACCCCCAGCCCCUCCGUUACCUGCUCCUGUACCUCCAUCACCGCUGUCAUCAGUCACAUCCAACAGCUCUAGCACUAGUGUGAAAAGUUCUUCUGUGAUCCCAUCACCUGUUAAGAGCUCGAGCAGGAAUGAAAAUGUGUCUUUCUCUUAUGAGUCGCCCAACUCCUCUAUAACAUCUUCUACAAAGAGCUUCACCAGCUCGAACUCCAGUUCACUGAUCCUGGAAGAGACUCGAACUACAAAACCUACAGAGAAGAUCUCAGAGAAGCUGAGUGAUGUCAGUUAUUCUUCAACAACUCCAUCAUCUGAUACACUGAACACACGAUAUUACACCAGUGAAAGAUCCAGUGCUUCACUGGAUGGUCUGGCUGAGAAUUUAAUCCCGAGCCGAACUGGAAGUGUGUACUCACAAUCGGGCCAAUACAAUUAUUCUUCAACAACUCCAUCAUCUGAGACACUGAACACACGAUAUUACACCAGUGAAAGAUCCAGUGCUUCACUGGAUGAUAAUUUAACUCCGAGCCGAUCUGGAAGUGUAUACAGUUAUUCUUCAACAACUCCAUCAUCUGAGACACUGAACACACGAUAUUACACCAGUGAAAGAUCCAGUGCUUCACUGGAUGAUAAUUUAACUCCGAGCCGAUCUGGAAGUGUAUACCAAUCACAGAUGACGUCCUAUGAUCAGCCCUAUUCCACUUCAUCACAAACGCUGUAUUCACCAACAAAAACAACAUAUUCAGAGUUCACCUCCACCAGAAACUCUGUUAGCAGCCGCAAUGUUUGUUCAGUUUGUGGUAAACCCAUUGAUGGAUCAGCAAGAAUGAUUUUAGAAGAUCUGAAGAUCUCCAGUCACACCUCCUGCUUCAAGUGUUCUGUAUGUAACAGAGAUCUUGGGAACCUGGAGGCUGGAAAGUCUCUUUGGGUUCACAGGGACCGGGUGAACUGCUCAAACUGCUACAGUAAAGUCAAGGGUCAAUGGUACCUUUAAGAAAUCCAUAUAUGAAUGAGAGAGACACAGAGACACGUCAGAGAAUGAAAGUGACCGUUCAACCAAUCAGUGAACACCUGAAUACAACACAGGGUUAAAAUGUGAUCCUGUCUGUGAAAUCCAGUCUAAAGACGCUGUUAUUUACACCAGAUAUUAUGAUGUGUUUUAGACAAUCAGAUCACAGAUGGAUUCAGGUGUAAACACUUUUGAGCUUCUCCACUUUCCACCACAUUCAGUCUCACUCUCAUGAUGAGAUGAGGAGCAUUGAUCUGAUCUCACUCGGUCAAUAUUAAAGAUAUUAUCACAGAAUGUUCUUUACAUCGUGUAUGAUUUUAUUUAGAAAACUGUCAAUCACAAAAAAACGAUUUUAGCAGAGUUUUCACAGACUGGGACACAAAUUGUAAUGAUGUCAUUUGGUGAUAUUUAUUGUAGUGAUUAUUAGUAAUGAUUUCAAAGUUUUAUUAUAAUUAUUAAUGGGCAAAGUUUGAAUCAUUAGGAAUUAGAUAAAUUAAUUUUACUUUUAGUUUCUUGUCAUUGAGUUUACACACUGCAUUGAUGUAUUAAUGAUUCUGUAAAGAGUGCUGGAUGUUUUUUUCUGUAACGUUAUAAAUGUUGACAGCAGAUUUAACAUCAACUCAAACACUGAAACUGCAAACUAACACACAUUUACUCUAGAUUAUAAACUGGUUUACUGGUUGUAAGGGUUUAAAACAUUUAAUGAUGUUUCAUGAUUCUCUUCUCUUUGAUGUCUUUUUCUUAUGAUGGGAUUUCAAGAAAAGUGUUUCAACAAUUUAUUAUUUAAAAAUCAUAAAAAAAAAUACUUACCCAUGGCUAUGUAUGUUAGACUUUAUGAGACUAUUUCCAGUGCAUUUAUGUAUUGCUGUUCUUGUGUUGCUAUAAUUGCUUCUAUUGUUUACCUCAUUUGUAAGUCGCUUUGGACAAAAGGGUCUGCUAAAUGUAAAAAAAAAUCACACACUGAUUAUAUCUCUGUUUGUGUAUUUGUUAAAAUGGUGACUGUUGCUAUACUAAAAUAUUUCCUCAUGUCACUAAA